UCCGGGGCUCCGCUGUGCGCUCACUGACGUUUUCUCGGUCUGCCCCGAGACAGACUGGAGAGAAUGGCUGCCAGUGGAGAGGUAGGGAAGCUGUUACAAGUACAAAAUGGGACACCUCCAAGCACCAACUAUAACGGGGUAGAUGCUGUUCAUGCCUGUAACAUCCUUCAGCAGCUCAAAGCUUUGUAUGAUGAAGCACAGCUCACAGACAUCGUCGUAGAAGUGGACCAUGGCAAGACUUUCUCAUGUCACCGAAAUGUCCUUGCAGCAAUCAGCCCAUAUUUUAGGUCCAUGUUCACCAGUGGCCUUACAGAGAGCAGCCAGCGUGAGGUCAGAAUUGUUGGGGUGGAGUCUGAAUCCAUGCACCUAGUCCUAGACUAUGCCUACACGUCCAGGGUUACACUCUCUGAGUCCAACGUCCAGGCCCUGUUCACAGCAGCCAGCAUUUUCCAGAUUCCUGCCCUGCAGGACCAGUGUGCCCAGUUCAUGAUCAGCAGGCUUGACCCCCAGAACUGUAUUGGGGUCUACAUGUUCGCUGAUGCCUAUGGGCACCAAGAGCUGAGGGAACGCUCACAGGACUACAUUCGCAAGAAGUUCUUGUGUGUUUCAUGGGAGCAAGAGUUCCUCCAGAUGACCAAGGAGCAGCUGGUCAGCAUUUUGAACAAUGAUGACCUCAAUGUGGAAAAGGAAGAGCAUGUCUAUGAGAGCAUAGUCCGCUGGCUGGAGCAUGACCUGCCUGGCCGUGAGGCCCACCUUGCCGAGGUUUUUUCCCAAUGCAUCCGUCUGCCUUUGCUGGAUGAGGCCUUUCUCAGUCGGAUACCCGCUCCCUUUGCUGGUGCCCUGUCCCUGUCUAAAGACCCUGCUGAGGCCAAAACCCGCCUCACUGGCACCAAUGGUUGCCCACAGCGCCUGGGAAUGACUGCUUCUGAGAUGGUCAUCUGCUUUGACGCCGCUCACAAACACUCAGGGAAGAAGCAGACGGUGCCUUGCCUGGACACAGCCACAGGAAAGGUGUUCAAGCUCUGCAAACCACCCAAUGAUCUCCGAGAGGUCGGUAUUUUGGUGUCCUCAGAGAAUGACAUCUACAUCGCUGGCGGCUACCGACCGAGCAACAGUGAGGUGUCCAUUGACCAUCGAGCAGAGAGUGACUUCUGGCAGUACGAACACGCAGGCAACAGAUGGCUUCCACGUGCACCUCUGCUGAGAGCGAGGAUUGGCUGCAGACUUGUGCACUGCUGUGGGAAGCUUUAUGCACUGGGAGGCCGAGUAUACGAAGGUGAUGGGCGAAACGCAUUAAAGUCAGUAGAGUGCUAUGAUGCCAGGGACAACUGCUGGACAGCAGUUAGUCCCAUGCCAGUGGCCAUGGAGUUUCACAGUGCUGUGGAGUACAGAGACCGCAUCUAUGUCCUCCAAGGUGAAUAUUUCUUCUGCUUUGAUCCCCGUAAGGACUAUUGGAGUCAUCUUGCCCCUAUGAGUGUUCCUCGGAGCCAGGGUCUGGCCGCCCUGUAUAAGAACUGCAUUUAUUACAUUGCCGGCAUCUGCAGGAAUCACCAGCGCACCUUCACUGUGGAGGUCUACGAUAUCGAGAAGAACUCGUGGAGCCGCAAGAGAGAUCUGCCCUUUGACCAAGCGACGAGCCCGUACAUAAAGGCCAUGCUGCUGCAAGGCCAGCUACACCUGUUUGUACGAGCCACACAGGUCAUGGUGGAGGAGCACGUGUUUCGCACCAGCCGCAAGAACUCCCUUUACCAGUACGACGACGAGGCAGAUUUAUGGACCAAAAUCUAUGAGACACCCGACCGCCUCUGGGAUUUGGGCCGCCAUUUUGAAUGUGUGGUGGCCAAACUUUACCCACAAUGUCUACAGAAAGUGCUUUGAGGUAGCUCAUUUUGUGAACCCAAUCUAUGAGGCAGAGGGAGAGUAGUGUGGUCCUGCCUGCCUUGUGCCUGGUGUUACCUUGGGUUUGCACCACAAGGACCAUUUUUGGUUAAGUCUUAAGUCGUUCAAACUUUGGUUUAACAUGAUCAAAACGGGGGUGCUUUUAAAGAUUGCAGUAUUUUUUUUCCAGACAGCACCAACUACCCACACUGAUGCUUGUUUAAGAAAACCGUACAAUGAAUCAUAAGUGCAAUUAUACUAUUUUUUUUUUUUUUUGCUUGUUGUUGAGCCAUGCUGUUCUAUUUUUGUUUUAGAUACGUAUAUAGGUAAGGAUUUUUACAAAUGAUAAGCAUGUGUAUGAGGGUAUUGACAAGAUAAAAGUGCCCUCUGGAGAUAUGGAUGCUACGUGUCAGCAUAAAGUUAAAAUCUAUGUAUAUAUAUAUACAUAUACAUAUAUAUAUAUAUGUAUGUAUAUAUAUAUAAAUAACUAUAUAAACUAUAUAUUCAUACGGGUAAGAUGAGUACCAUAGCUCAUUAGUAGGUUGCUGGCUCUGAGGUUUGUGUGUGUGUGUGUGUGUUUUUUUUUCCUAGUCUGUGCUCAAGUCUCUGCAGCUUAUUUUUUUUUUUAGAGGAGUUAUAAUUUGAAGUGUGCUUGUGAUUUACAUUACCGUCGUGUUUUUGAAGCUUGAAGCUUGUGUGAUACUUUUAUGGCCCUCUCCUCCUUCACAAGCGUCAGUGUGUCAAACAAUACACUAUGUUUGGCUUCCGAGCUAUUUUUAAGUUUUGUUUGAGAUUCCAGUUGCAUGGGGGCUCAUACCUCCCACUCUUUUGAGUUGGCAUCCAUUUUGUGUCACAUGCGAAGACAACUUAAGUGAAAUGUUAAGAAUACUCACUCUCCACAUUGGAGAAAUAAGGACGGAGUCAAAUCUGUGGCAACACUAAGUGGAAAGUUCAGACCAACUAACAGGCUUACCUCAGAAACUUCAGAGAUAUUUGAUUAGGAGAAAAGGGACAUUUCAGGCCAUUGUGUUGAUUAAGCAACUGUGUGAAAAGCUCAAUUGAGCAUUGAGCUCUGUUGAGGUUGUUUUUCGACAUCUGGUUAUAAUCAUUUGAAAAAGGUUGAAAGAGCCUUCCUCUUCAAUGCCAAAAAAGCAUUUGAGGUCUUGUUAUAGCUGAUCUGGACAUUGAAAAGAAUUUUGUGGUAGCAAUAACUCAUGGAACUGUGAUUAGGCUAUAUAUUACUUUAGUAAAAGUGCAUUCAUUGUUUUGUGUGCUUGUCUCUGCUAGUGAAAAUCACCUUAGUUCCAAUAAUGAUUGUUUGGCUGUUGCAUGGGUGUAGGCUUGAAGUGACGCGUAAUUUAGUGCAGAUCAUUUUGAGAUGCCAAUGUGCCUGUGGCUAGAAAAAAGGGGCAUCAGAAUCAAAAACUUUCUCCUGAUGAAGAAUAUCUGAAAAGUCUUAACUCGGCGUUGCACUGAAUCACUCUCCACUUCAACGGUCCUUAACUGCAAACUUUAUGAAGCACCCUCCUGAAAAAGCAGACAAUAUAAACUAGUGAGGGUGGCCUGGGUUGUGUGCUAAUUCAUCUAACAGCCAUGAAUCCGCCUUCAGAGGACACAAACUGUUGGUGCUGCUUUUUUUUUUUUUUUUUUUGACAAUCUUGUAUAGAAGGAGUAAUACCACCACUGAGUGGCGUUCCCUGUCAGCGUGUGACAUUUUCAGUGCCGUCAAUUUCCUCAUGCAGGUUCCUGUGUCAUCUUUGCACUACACAUUUCCCUUGUAUUUUAUCUUAACGAAGAGUGCCCCUCUAUUCAGAAAAAAAAAAAUGUUUUAGUAACCAUAUAGCAAUCAUCUAAGAGAUUCACAUGGAAUUGAAUACCAGAAGAGUCACAUUUAUUAAGGACUUGUGAACAUAAUAUAACUUCUCCAAGAGAAGAUCCACCUUUGACUGACUUUGAGCUGGUUUUAAAUCGACCUGGCUUGAACAAUGCCCUCAAAACAGCCCUCAUCAAGGGUGAGAGAAGGUUUGAGCUUCAUCCACAUGUCUACAGACGGCCAUUUGAGAACCAGGAACGGAGAACUCUCAGGAUUUCUACUGAUACAGUACUGUAUUUAAAUGUUUUUGUUAUGUGUAAUAUACUGUACUAUAGGUUUGCUGUACUUGCACAGUUUUUUAAACUUAUCUUCAUUUUCUUUUAUAACUUGAAAAAUAGAUGUGAUUUCUUUUUGUUGUCUCCAGUGGCUGUUUUUUUUUUCUUUAUGUAAUUACCUAUUUAGUUAUGGUAGAGUAAUCCUGCUCUGUUGAGAAAAAAUGAUUACCCGCACGAGUGAUAGAUUUUGUUCCCUCCCUCCCUCCCUCUAGUACAGUAGUAUUUCUUUGUAACAUCUCACCGAAACUAAGCAUUACAGAUCAACUUUCAAACACCAGUCAUGUAAUACAACAAGCUAACAAACAGCUUUCUGUGUUCAAGAGUUAGUGGCCGUCGGCUGCAAAACAUUGCUAAUUUCUGGACAUCUAUAUGCAUCACUCAUGGGUGCUAUUUCAUUGAGUUCUUCAUUGCAUUUCUUUCCUCACUUUUACUUUGCUGGUUUGUCUGUUUUGGGUUGCGGGUUAUAGUGGUGGUUGAGUUCAACUGUGAAAUUCACAUUGCACAUAAUUUGAAAAUAAAACUAUUAAAAGUGAAA